AUGCCGCCAGCAGCCAUGCUCCCCUUGGCUCUGCUGCUGGCCCUGACCAGCAAGGCAAUUGCAUUGGCAGCAGAGGAAGUGAGGGGGGGAGAGGGGGAGGGCACGGGCAGCGCGAGCAGAGGGGUAGAGAGAGAGAGAGAGAAGAGAGAGAAAUCCGCCAGGGGAUGGACGUCGGCCUGCGCAUGGCGCCGCCUGGAGGUGGAGAUGGCCCUCCUGGCGGCGGCCCUCCUGGCGGGGGCGGCCGCAAGCACGGGGGCGACCCCAAGGACGGCGGCGGGGAGGCGUGCCCGCCUGUCCGCUGAGGGGGGGGGACGCAUCUUCUCGAUACAGGCGACGUGUAGCAGCGGCUGCCGGAACCUCUCAAUGUCUUGCGUGGCGGCCUUGCCGCCGCUGUGGGGCAUGAGCGCGAUUGGCGGCAGGGCCUGGCGCGGCUCGAAUAUUCCGUCAGAGCCGUCUCGCUCGACCAUCCACUCCGCAUCCAUCAGAACCACCGCCCCGCUGCCGAGCACGGGGUCGAGCUCCAGGCCGCCGAACCUCUCCGACAACUCCUGCUGCCUCUCUGUCACCACCAACCUCCUCGAGCUCGGGCAGGUGCGGCUACUGCCGCCCCCCAGCAGGCUCGUCGGCCUCGUGCUCCACGGCGUUGCCAUCCUGGCCAGUCCAGCAAAAACAUUGCGCAGCCAGCGCGCCGCCAGCGCGCAUCGAUAUCCUGGAACACGGACGUUGAUGGCCUUGAGGCGUGCGACCGGCAACGGGUCGCGAAAGGGAGCUCAAGACCCCGUGCAUCCUGGACCAGGUGCUCGUCGACGCUCUCCGCCUUCGACGCCGUCGCUCCGCGACCUCGCCGUGGCUGGCUGCACGGUCUCUCGCCCUGCCGCCCUGCCCCGCCCGGGCGGUGCCUCGGGCCACGGUCCAGCCACAAGAUCUUGA